ACUGAUUCUGCAGAAAUUUUGGAGUAUUCAUCAGAUAGUGAAAGAGAAGACAACUUUGAGAAUGUCUCACUCAUUGAUUCAGAAUCCUCUCACAAAUAUUGUGUGGAUUUUGGACCAGAUGGAAGACAGUCUAUGGAAAGAGUGAAAUCUAUGGAGACCACUUUGUAUACUCCCCAGAAACAGACAAAAUUUUCCAGAACUCCAGAAAAAGCAAAGAAGAAGCUUUUAAGAGGCGGUUUGGCAGAGAGAAUGAGUGGGCUGCAAAAUCGAGAAAGAUCUGCCAUUUCUUUGUGGAGACACCAAUGUGCUUCUUACCAACAAACACUUUCAGGUAGAAAAUCGGGUAUGCUAAUUGUGAAAAUUCUAGAGCUGCAGGAGGAAUGCAGUCUCCAAGUUGCCAUGUGUGAGCAGCUAGAGGGGCCACAGGCUCACAACCCUUGUCAAGGUGAGGCUCCCAGUAUGAAGGUUCUGUUCACUAAGGAGACAGCAGGCCACCUCAAGGCUCACCUUCAAGAUAUCAUCCACAUCUACCCUCCCUGGCAAAAACUUAUUAUACCAAAUCAAAGUUGCCCUAUUAUUCUGAAUACUUACUUUUGUAAGAAAGUUGCUGCCAAAGAACUAUCAAAACCGGUGCAAGAAGUUCACUAUUGGGACACACUCCUUCCAAGAAGAAGCAUCACUUUGGCCCAGAUGUUUAGACUUAAGAGUCCAACAUGGAAGCCACCUCAAAGCCAGGCUGUGUGUGGUGCUCUCGCUUCCAUGGGGAAAGACUGGGCCCCUGAGCACCAAGAAGCAAAGCAGCACUCCUCAACCCGAAUUUCUCUGCGAGAUUCUCUCCUGGACGCAGUAGAGAGCCAAGGAGCUGCUUCCUGGUCAACAGUUGGAGUCCGAGUAGUGGUGCAGAGAGUUUACUGUCUGCCCGUCCGGCGUCAGCAGGGUGCUGGCCCCACUGCUCUCCCCAGCUCAGAUGCACCUAGAACUCGAGUCUGCCUCCUUGUGCAAGACGCCUAUGGCAUGUUCAGCGAAGUGCACACAGAGGGAACCAUUUGGAACAACCAGCAGCUGGAAGGGAGGUCCUGCAGCCUGACAGGAGUGAAGGUUCUACAGAAGGCCACAAGAGGAAGGACAGCCGGACUCUUCAGCUUGAUUGACUCCCUGUGGCCUCCAGCAGAGCCCUUGAGAGCUCCUGGCCCCUACCUGGUCUGUGGAGAGGAAAACACUCACUUGCCUCCUCCCAGCUUCUGCUACAUCCUCACUACUCACCCAGAUCUGGGACGAAUUGAUGUCACUGAAGACCCCAUUUCCAAGUUUUACCAGCCUCCAGUAACUCGCUCCUUAAGGGAUGUCCUCCAGACUGUUCAUCCGGGCACCCGCUGCUGUUUCUAUGCCCAAGUAAUUUAUCAAAGACCACAGCUGAGCUCAUUGCUGCUUCUGGAGCAGAGGGAGAUCUGGCUGACAGUGACUGAUGUGACUCUACAAACUCAAGGCGAGGAUGACGCAGGCCUCCCCCACACCAUGCUAGUCUGCGUGACCUCUGGCUGUAUGCUGGCCCCUGACGUACAGGAGGCACUCACCGAGGCCGCCCCUCACAACUUCCUCUUCAGGGACGCUCUGCGAGACCAGGGUUGGCUUGUUUGUGCAGAACGAACUGUGCUCUUGCUCCAGAAGCCCCUUCUUGGCAUGGACACUCAGACUGGCUCCUAUGAACUGACCGGCUCCCCGAGGCUCGAUGAGCUGGGACCCAACACUCAGGUCAACUCCAUCUGCAGUGUGCAAGGCACUGUUGUGGGCGUGGAUGAGAGCACUGCAUUCUCAUGGCCAACAUGUAACCUGUGUGGCAAUGGGAGACUGGAACAGAACCCAGAAGACAGAGGCGCCUUGUCCUGUAGGGACUGCUCCUGUGUCGUCACUUCCCCUCUCCUCCGAAGGCACCUGCAAGUCUUCCUGCACUGCCCCUUGUGCCCCCAGAGCACAGUGAAGGUCAAGCUGUUACAGGCCAGUAUUUCUUCACUCCUGAGGUCUGCUGCCUGCGAGGAUGGGACCUAUGAAGUGCAGAGCAUCCUGGGCAAGGAGGUGGGGCUUCGACACUGCUUCCUGCAGUCCAUAGCCACCCACCCUGCCCACUGCAUCACCCUGGAGGAAAUCGAACUUCUGAAAGCCGGAAGAGCCUCUGUGGAAAGCCACCGAUUGCCACGGGAUCCGUGACCUCUGCAGUGUGGCCACAAGGGAGGCUGAGGUGGCUUGGAGCAGUUACUUGUUAACUCUGGGCAGGGCACUUAUAUUUUAUGAUCUUGAAAUGGAACUUGCAUUAUCUCCCCCAGUCCCCAGGGGCAAAAUGUUAGUAAAAUUGUUUUGUAAACUAAGUGAAAAUGCUUUUUUCUAAAGUAUUUAUUUUUGUUGCCAUUCUGCAAAUUUAGGAACACAGUAUUACAGGUUUAAACUGGA